AGUGACCACAUCAGGACGAUCAUCAAGGCACGGGGUCUGUGGUACCCCAACGUUAACGGCAAGACCUUUGCUGUCUUCAGAGUGGAUAACAGACAUCAUCUUAUGUCCUUGGUCUCCAUGCUUGGUCCCACACCAGACUGGAUUGUGGGAGUGUCUGCCCUGGAGCUGUGUUUGAGGAACUGUACUUGGGUCGACCAGAAGUCACUUAACCUUUACCCCUGGGACGCAGGCACCGACUCCGGCAUCACUUAUGAGUCUACAAACGCUCCCACUAUCCCGCGAGAGAAGAUUCGUCGGAUCACCAACAACUACCCGAACGACCCCAAGUCUCCGUUCUACGACCCCACGGGUCUGCCCAUGAAGCCCCUGGCACGACUCACCAUCACAAGACAGAGAGUUUACGAGAAGUCUUGCUCAGAAACCGGUUUGUUGUUGACCGAUGACCACGUCUUGAACUUCUCUGAUGAUGAAGACGCAGAGAAACCUGAAUGUCAGGUUAACAACUGGUCAGAAUUCACGCCAUGUUCAGUCACCUGCGGUAAGGGACUACGCAUGAGGAGCCGCAGCUACCUCACACUAAAGGCACAGAUGAGCAAUUGCAAGAGGCAGCUGGAGGAGAAAGAGAUGUGCGCUGCUUCCGUCCCCUUCUGCGAGGGUGGCAGUCCCACAAGCAUCUUCGGCGGGAAUGAAUACAUCCCAGACUUCGACGAGCAAGUAUGCGCCACUUCGGAGUGGUCCAGCUGGACCGAGUGUUCCGAAACCUGCGGCAAGGGCCACCGCAUGCGCAACAGGCGUUACCUCGACCGCAUGGGCCGCAAGAAAUGCGACAAGGAACUUGUUGAGAAACAGAUGUGCAUCGCUGACACGCCCGUGUGUGAGGGACAUGAUCAAGAGGUGAUCAGGCCUGAGUGCGCCGUGACGGAGUGGACGGACUUCUCGCCAUGUUCUGUGACGUGUGGCCAGGGAAUAAUGAUGAGGACCCGCUCCUUCCUUGUACCUGCAGCCACACAGGCCCACUGUUCAGUCUCAACCAUCGAGAAGAAACCCUGCACUGGCGAGAGGCUCGACUGCUCCAUCGACCCCUCCGAAGCUGACGUGGUGUGUACGGAGGAGAAGGUCAGUGGCCCGUGCAGAGGAUCCUUCUCUCGUUGGUACUACGACAAACACAGGCAGAUGUGUAGGCAAUUCACCUACGGUGGAUGUCGAGGAAACAGGAACAACUUUGAGAACUAUGACGAGUGCACCAGGAUGUGUGAAUUUAGCAAACUGUCUACAAACGUCGGCGAGCAUUCCAGUGAUGAUUUCCUGUCACAAAAUCCUCCCUCACACAUCAACCUGUACCCGGCCCACGUAGCGCCUAGCCCCGGGCUGCGGGCAGAGAACCUGGUCACUAAAGUGGACUGCAUGGUCACCCCGUGGUCUGAGUGGGGCCCCUGCUCGACCACCUGCGGCAAGGGACGCAAGGAAAGGAGGAGGAUGAUCAAGAGGCAGUCACAAAACGGAGGAAAAAGGUGUCCAAAGAAGAUGGUGAGAAGCAGGAAAUGCAGAAACCCUAAGUGCAAUGAGGGCUACAAGGGUCUUGAGAGCCUGAGUCUACACCGAGAGAUGCCAGAACCAGCCCAGCCCCAGGUCUACCAGCCCGAGCCCUACCAGCCCGAGGUCUACCAGCCCUACCAGGCUGCGGGGUUGGCCCGCUACGACCGUGACGAGGAUUAUAUAGCCCCAGCCCUCUUCAACCCGCCCUUCCCUAUACCGCCCGCCCACACCCACUCAGCCACCCACGCCCAUUCACCUUCCCUGGCCCAGUCACCCGCCCACACUCAAUCCCCCGCCCACUCCGACAACGUUAAUCCUGCUUCGUCUGUGCCUGGUGGCGCCACAGCGACGGAUUACGACUUUGAAGACGGUGCCAAGGUGGAGUGCGUAAUGGGUGAGUGGGGACCUUGGUCACCGUGCACACACUCGUGCGGACCAGAGGCGCUGCAACAGCGGUCCAGGAACAUCAUCGUGCAACCUCGCAAUGGCGGCGUCCUAUGUGGUGACCGUUACGAACGUCGCUACUGUACUCUCCCCCCAUGCCCCCACCCCAGAGGCUGAGGUGAGGAGAGGUGAAGAUCUUGUGUGUCCUCACUGAGGACCAGCGAACAGCUGAAGAGAAGAAGUACAACAGGCAGAAAGAACAUCAACAGGAAGACAAGAAGACCAACGAUCAGAAUACAGGAAGAACACGGACAAGGAAAAAAAGAGAAAAUAAGGAUCAACACGGAUAAGGGAAGAGGAAAACAAUGUCAUGAAAAGUGAUAGUUAAUUAAAUGACAAGGAAAGGGGGAAAAAGAUGAAAACAAUGAAGGAAUUACUACAAACAAAACGAAAGGAAGAACACCAAGAGGACCACAGAAUAACUUCAUAAGCAGCUUGGACACGACUUGUUAACAGUUUAAAGCAGCAGAGAUAUGAAAACAGCGAAGAAGUCAAUUAAACAACUACAAACACACUGUAAACGAUACAAAUUUGUAAAUUGUUAAAUUAGAAAUUGUGUAAACAAAGGCAACUGAACGACAUACAAAAUAUUUUUUCUCAAAAUAUGUAAAGCCAUUUGCGACUAUUUGCCAACAGGAAAGGGGUCGUGGUAGGUCGUGGAAAGAGAACGUGUCUUUGAAAGAGAACAGGUCGUGGAAAAAAAGGGAACAUAUGUCGUGUCUGGUAGGAGAUAUAUAUUAGGUGGUGGAAAGAAAACAGGAAUUAUCAGGUCGUAUCAAAUAAAAAAAAAACAUGAAGUCAAAAAGAAAGUUGAUUUCACUUCAAUUAGAUGAACUGAAACAGGUGUUACGUUCAAGACAGUGGAAGACUCCAACUAUGUUAGGCCAACCUAGGCCAUCUGUGCAUAAAAUCAAAUCAAGCAAUUUAUUGACAUGCUGUGCGGGUCACUGGGACAAAUAGCGAGGUUAGGAAACUCCCGCAGGCGAGAAGCGACGAAAUGUAGGGUUUAACUGGGCAAUUUAAGAGUGAGUUAAAGUGAUUCUAUACCACCAGGAGGUUGAAUAAGGUCUAAGAAUAGAUUAAGAUCAAAUGGUACCCAUCUAGCUCACGUGGAGGGGAAAUAAGGACAAACAAUUUUCCUUUAGGAUCCUGUACUUGGAGGUAGUAUAACUUCUUUUACUCAACGUAGGACAUCUUAGGUCACCUGGGUGUGGGAUGAAGUUAAGUGCGGUCAACUGUGGUCACUUGAGAGUGGCAUAAAGCCAAUUGUUCCACUUCGGUCGCCUGAGGAGUGGGAUGAAGGUGAAUGCGGGACACUUUGGUCACCCGGACUUCGAAUGUUGACCACGUAGCCCCGCUGAAGGUGAAUUAAAGUGGUCAGUUACACGUGAGAUCUCAGAACUUGGGAAGUGACACGGGUGAAACUCGUCUCUGUUUCUUCGUUACGUGUCGGGUCGGUGAGUGUCUAGCUUGUCACUGCGACGUCUCGGUCUCCGUGACAGAAACCAAACACAGACUGGUAACUGUUAUAUUGCUGCUUCAGUCGCUCCUCACUCACUUGUACUAAUAUAUUGUUAUACCUUUUACAGUACACGAAGAAAACUAUAACUUACUUAUGUUUACACACACACACACACACACACACACACACACACACACACACACACACACACACACACACACACACACACACACACACACAAGAGGAGGAGUCUUUUUAAAGUGCUAGUCAUGGUGCCCUUCACACAUGGAGCUGAAAAUCACAAAAGUCUCCAUACCUGCCAACUUAAAUAUUAAGCCUGGCAUAGCUCAUGAAACCUCCCGCUACCUUCUGUGUUUUUAAUUAUAUAUGGUAAUUUUUAAACUUCAGACUUUUAAAAUUUGAAGUGGUUUAAACAAAAAAGGUAUUAAUUUUUUUUUUUUUUUGCACCUUUGUAAUUCUGCAUGUGAUUUCUUAUAUUGUGGUUCUGAACAUGAAAAUAGAAAGCCUCGAAACGUUGUCAAAAUUAGAUUUGUUUGCCAUAUCGUUGGUUACAUAUAUAUACAGUAGACAGUCGUUUAACAUGGGUUUGUUUGACACGUUUUGGUUAUAGCACUAUUGAAGAAUUGCGGCAUAUUUUUGUAUAACACUUCGUAAUAUUAAGUUAACACGGUUCAGUUGACGGGAGGGGAUAUUUUUUUUUUCCAGCGCGUCGCCCGCGGGACACACACUGCUUGGCUGUGGGUUAGGUCACUGUGUCAUCGGGGUGACCUACAACCACCCCAACCACCUCAGCCACCCUCAGCCACCCUCAGCCACCCCAACCACCCCAACCACCUCAGCCACCCCAACCACCCCAACCACCUCAGCCACCCCAACCCUUGUCCCUGUCUUCGGUUCAUACGUGUGUAGUACGUACCAUCCUCUGCUAGGAGUUUAUAUAUUUUAAUUGCCAUAUCUUAAAUCUUCCAAGUAAUGAUGGCACCCAGUAGGCAUACAAGUGCUGCUGGAAGUGGCAAAGAAAGGUUUAAGUCUUAGAAUUAACGAAGAAAAUAGAGAUAUUAGACAAGAUAUAGCCUCUGGCCUAAAGCGUCACUUUGUGCACAUAGAAACAAUGAGGUAAAUAUGAGUUUGUGUAAUGACUGACUUGCUGACUGACUGACUGACUGACUGAUUUACUGACUUGACUGACUUACUGACUUGACUGACUGACUUGAUUGAUUUACUGACUGAUUUACUGACGUACUUGACUAACUGACUGACUGACAAACUGACUGAUUUACUGACUGAUUGACUGACUUACUUGACUGAUUUACUGACAUGAAUGACAUACUGACCUGACUGCCUGAUUUACUGACUUGACUGACUGACCGACUUACUGACUGAUUGAUUUGACUGAUUUACUAACUUAACUGACUUAUUGACCUGACUGAUUUAAUGACUGACUGAAUGACUGAAUGACUUACUGACUGACGGACGACUGAUUUACUUACUUGACUGACUUACUGACUUGAAUGACUGACUGACUUGACUGAUUUAUUGACUUAAAGUUAGACUUUUUCACUGAAGACCACCCUGAAAAAGUGUCUAGAGCAGCUGAUGACUUACUGUCAGUUGUAUAAUGUACGGCAGGGUAAAAUAGAACAGAAAUUCAUUACAGAAUUUAUGCACACUCCAGUACAACCAUCAACUUCAGUACCAGACCCUCUGAACAUUAAAAUGGUAUAAAAUACCGACAGGUUGUUAGGUAAGGCACAUAUGCAACAGUUAGGUAUCUUUAUUAUGAAACGUUUCGCCUACACAGUAGGCUUCUUCAGUCAAGUACAGAAAAGUUGAUAGAAGCAGAAGAUACUUGAAGACGAUGUAAUCAGUCCAUCACUCUUAAAGUUUUGAGGUGGUCAGUCCCUCAGUCUGGAGAAGAGCAUUGUUCCAUAGUAUGAAACAAUAUGGAGAAGAAGUGACAGGAUGGAGCUUUUUAUAGCGCCAAGAGGUGAGACGUAGGCCACUAGGAGAGGUAAGAACUCAGAUGUUGAGAGGUCAGGUCCCUCUCAAAUCCACCCCCUCUCACGUUUCAUAAUAAAGAUACCUAACUGUUGCAUAUGUGCCUUACCUAACAACCAGACCCUCUACCAUCCACCUCAGCCCAGUAGGACCACACCAUAACUCUCCACUUUCCACAAUCAUCCACAAACACCAGCACCCACAAUAUAAGGUAAGAAAUACUAUUAUUUCGGUUGCAUUUGUAAUCUUAAGUACUAAAAACAACAUAAUACAUCACGACAAUGAACAAUAAUUAAAUAUUCAUUUUAUUUUUGUAAGACGGCCAUUUCAGAAACGUGUUAAACGACGGUCUAAUGC